UGUCGCAGCAGCAGCGUUUACCGGUGUUAAUCAGUCCAUCGCCCGGCAUCGUGUUUAUGUCACUCCGUGUUACUUUAUGGUUGUCCAGUCAACAAGAAACACGUGCAUUGUAUUUCUAAUCUAAUCUGUCCUGGAUUAAUUUCGAGCUAUCCCUGAGCUAGUCGCAGCUGCAUGGUAGAGAUUACUGAUAUCGUGGUUUUUUACUAUAUCAAAUUUUUACGCCCAGAAAGGUUAAAGAUUUUUAGCUAGCACCAGCAGCGUUCAGGCAUGCUAGCGCCUAAUUAGCAACCCGUCCGUUUGAACUACAGCCGGGCUAAGGUUUAUAAGCUAACCGGGCUACACCGCCACAACAAUGGAUGAAUCCGGGAUAAAGAAGCAGAACUGGGACGUGAAGGAGACCGAGCUGUUUCUGGAAAUUCUAAAGGAGCUGGACAUGAAGAAGUGCUUAGACGGUAGGAAAGUAAGGAAUAAUAAGCUGUUCAAGGUGGCGCACCGGAGGAUGACAGCGGCGGGCUAUCACAGGUCCGUGGACCAGUUAAAGUUUCGUUGGAAACUUCUCAAAAGUGCGUAUUACAAAUGCAAACGGGAACCGGACUCCCCAGCCCCGACUAAGAUCCAGGGCUGGUGGCGGUACGAGAAGACUAUGGUCGCCAUCAUGGAGUCCAGACACUCGCUGGUCGGAGCCGGGGUCAACUCAGACAGGAACGAUGAGGUGACGGAGGACUCUGACGGAGACGCGUCCAUGCUGCACUGGCCGCAGCCCUGUCCGGACAAUUCCACUCACAACCUGGAUUUAAUUAUCAAAAUGGACCCUGAGAUGGAUACACAGCUGAAGAUUGGUUUCAUCGGUGCAGGAAACAUGGCUUUUGGUAUAGCAAAGGGCAUAUUGUCAGGAAACGUUCUUCCUGUAAAUGUCAAAGUGAGUGCACCAUCCUCCAGGAACCUCGGACGCUUUCAGGAAAUGGGCGUUGCCACCACACAUUCCAACGUAGAGGUGGUCUGCGGUUCAGAUUUAGUGUUUGUAGCUGUAAAACCUCACCUGGUUCCAGUUGUUCUCAAUGAGAUCUCUCAACACGUCACAGACAGACACAUUAUUGUGUCUGUUGCAGCAGGAGUAACACUAGCGACGCUAGAGGAGCUGCUGCCAGAAAACUCAGUCGCUAUCCGGCUCAUGCCAAACCUUCCGUGUGUGGUUCAGGAAGGGGCUCUCUUGUUCGCCCGAGGCUCCCACGCCAAACCGGAGGAUGGAGCUCUCCUGCGCUCAUUACUGCACCGAUGUGGUUUGGUGGAGGAGGGACCUGAGGCCUGGAUUGACAUCCACACUGGAGUCAGUGGGAGCGGAGUGGCUUUUGUGUAUCUGUUUGCUGAAGCGCUGGCAGAAGGAGCUGUUAAAAUGGGCAUGCCCAGUGCUCUAGCUCACAGCAUUGCAGCUCAGACGGUUCUGGGGGCUGGACGUUUGUUAAGAGACUCUGGGAAGCAUCCGGCUCAGCUUCGCUCUGAGGUUUGCACCCCAGGAGGAACAACCAUCUACGGACUUCACACUCUGGAACAAGGCGGCGUGAGGGCGUCGACCAUGAGCGCCGUGGAAUCCGCCACCGAGAGAGCGCGGGAGCUCGGCCGCAAAUCAGCUACAGCAGGGAGCAGGAAAUGAUGGCUGCUGUUUGCCUUUUACUCUACGGACUUAAAGCCUAACAACAAACUUCACUCUGGGGCUCAGCAUCGUCAUGAAUCACUAUGAAAAACAGGACUGAACAUUAGUUUUCUUCCCUUUUAUUUUCACCUGAACAAAUGCAGUUCAUCUGACCUGAAAGAUUUGUGAUGAGCUGAAAUGGCUCGCUUUUUAGUAACAACAAACAUUCUUGAUUACAUCCAUAGUCUUGGAUGUUAUGAUUAAAGUAAUAUAUAAAAUUGAGGGUUUUCUGAAUGAGAACAUGCUGAAUGAGAACAUACUGGUCAUUACUUGAAGGGGAAGACCAUAUACUAUUAAUCUGUAGUAUGAAUCAGUCUGAACUGGCCAGUAUUGGGUUGUUAUGUGCAUAUAAUAAAAUACAUGUGUCUUAAUUGUGCAGGUGGAAUAAAACAAAAAUAUAACUUAUUAUUAAAUGUGACCAGAUGAUUGGGAUGAAGAAUGACUGCAGUUGUGCAGCUGCAUUACAGUGAUCAUUUCUGCCCCAAGUGUAGUUUUUACCUAGUUACAGGUUUUGUAUUUAAUACGGUGUUGUGAAUAGUAUUCUGAUCUUCAUUGCCAAUGAUGCACAAAUCCAGUUAAGUUCCCACUGGCGGGAGGUAACUUAAUCAAGUGAAUCCAGAAAUAAACACUGAAAUC